UGUGGGAAAGAAACAGGCGGCCAUAAUUUUCAAACAAAUCAAUGUCUCUGCUAUGCCAGUGACAUCAACACAGUUUCAUCAAUUCAAAUUAAAACAAUUUAAACGGCUCUUAAGGAAAAAAAGCAAAUUCCUCCAGUUGAAGAACAGAGGCAUUAAUGGCAACAAUUAAAUGCCCACCCAAAUCCAAUGAAAUUUAUGGGGUGACAGUGGGACUUCACCAGCCCCCUCUUAACUAUAUUACAUACUGCCUGCGCCUUGGUGAUCAGGCACCGUUUCGAUGGAGGAAAUAGAUCUCAACGUUAAAGUGGGGAAGCCGUUCCUUGUUCGGCCGGCGGAGGUAACUCAAAGGCGGCCAUUUUUUCUGUCCAAUUUUGAUCAGAAUCUGGUUUUUACGGUGGAAACUAUCCAUUUCUUUGGUUGCAAUGGAGAAGAAGAUGUCGCACAAACCGUGGAAAGAGCUUUGAGCAAAUUGCUGGUUCCAUAUGAUUAUAUGGCUGGGAGGCUGAAGCUCAAUUCUGAACAAGGAAGGCUGGAGAUUGACUGUAAUGGGGAAGGGGCGCUCUUUGCCUCUGCCUCUUGUGAUCUGACAAUAGAUCAGUUGCCUGAUAUUGCAUAUCCCAAUCCGGCCUUUGCCCAAUUCAUAUUGCAGGAGUAUGGGGUUUCAAGCCUUCAGGACUUGCCCCUCCUGUUUCUGCAGGUAACACGAUUCAAAUGUGGGGGAUUCGCAUUGGGGCUGGGAACGAACCACGUUCUCCUGGACGGCAUCGCAGCAUUGGACUUGAUGAAAAACCUGGCCGCCAUCGCCAAAGGGCAAGGCCUCGCUGUGCAACCAGAAACCGACCGCACCUGUCUCAAGGCCCGAAGCCCUCUCAAAAUCACCCACACCCAUCUGGAAUUCACAAAAUCCUCCGAGAUCCCUCCCACCAUUACCACUCCAUUGCCCACCUCCAAGCUGUCCUUCAACCUCUUCCCCAUCUCGGCCCAAAUGCUGAGCCGGCUGAAGGGUAGUGCCCAGCGGGCGUGCAGCAGCUUUGAAGCCCUGACGGCCCACCUGUGGCGAGCCCACACCGUGGCCCUGGACUCUCCCCCCGACAAAAUGUCAACCCUUCUCUUCGCCGUGGACGUCAGGGCAAAGAUGAUCCCUGCGUUGCCCAAGGGUUUUGCAGGCAAUGCUAUUUUCCCGGGCUACGCAAGGGCAACAGCCGGGGAAUUGCGUGGGGCGGAGCUGUCGUGGUGCGUGCAGCAAGUGCAGGAAGGCAUUGCCCGCGUGACUGAUGAAUACAUCCGGUCGGCCAUUGAUUGGCUGGAGGUGUACAAGGGGGUUUUCUGUGUGGACAGAAGCAUUGUGGUUUCGCCCUGGAAGAAGCUUGCCUUUGAAGAGGUCGAGUACCCAUGGGGGAAACCCCUCUAUUCUGGCCCCAUCAUUAACAGCUGGAUCGACUUUCUGCUCUUGCUGCCCAAUGGGAAGGACGAUGGCCUCAAUGUGUUUAUAGCACUGGAGGAACAGCAGAUGAACAAGUUUAGGUCAUGCUUGUACCACUCCUAUUGAUUCAACAAGAUUGUGUAGACAGAAUGAGGGAGUCUAUUAUUAAACUAAGUUGUUAAAACAGUGAGGUGAACUGGCUCACAGACUUUCUUGAUCUCCUGGGUGUUAAAAGUCUUCCCUUCUAUUCUACUCUAAUUUCUCUACAACCAACCUGUUCAGAAUUUCUGAUGUCCAAAUUAUUCCCAUAUUAUUUCCUGCUGUUGCGACAUUUGGGAAAGCGAUUUGAUCCCAAAUUAUUCCCCACGGACUGAUUUCCUAGUUUUCCAACUUCUCAAGUAUCAGUUGUUAUUGAACGAGAAUGUUUAUUUUCCUAUUUCUUAAGUAUGAUCUUGGAGCAAAUACAUUAAAAUAAUUUAGCUGAGAAAAUUGCAC